GGCUCGCUGGUCUUCCUGGUGAGCGGGCUGGCGGUGCUGGGCUAUGCAGCGGCCCUCAGUGCCCAGCCUACCUACCAGGGGGUCGUCCGGGUGGUGUGCGGGGUGGCGGUGGGGAAGCUUUGUGAGGUCUGCUUCCUCCUCAACCUCUUCAUGAUCUCCGUGGCCCUCCUCAGGGUGAUGGGUGACCAGCUGGAGAAAUUGUGCGACUCCCUAUAUCUCAACGGGACACUGAGUGGGGCUCCCCUGCCACCCCCCUGGUAUGUGGACCAGCGCUUCACACUCCCGGCUCUUUGUGUCCUCGUCAUUUUCCCACUCUCCGUCCCCAGGGAGAUCGGCUUCCAGAAGUACUCCAGCAUCCUGGGAACGCUGGCUGCCUGCUACCUCACCCUGGCCAUCGUCCUGAAAUACUACCUGCAGGCAGAGAGCCUGGGCUCGCCCGAGCCCCUCGAGCCCUCCAGGGCUUCCUCCUGGGCCUCCGUUUUCAGUGUCAUCCCCACCAUCUGCUUUGGCUUCCAGUGCCACGAGGCCUGUGUGGCCAUCUACAGCAGCAUGCGCAACCAGAGCUUUUCCCACUGGGUCGCUGUCUCCGUGCUCUCCAUGCUCAUCUGCCUGCUCAUCUACUCCCUCACUGGGCUUUAUGGCUACCUGACCUUUGGUGAGGCCGUGGCGUCCGACGUCCUGAUGUCCUAUCCAGGAAAUGACCCAGUUGUCAUCGUCGCACGCCUGCUCUUUGGCAUCUCCAUCGUCACCAUCUACCCCAUUGUGGUGCUGUUGGGCAGGUCGGUGGUGCGGGACAUGUGGGCGACCCCCAAGCGUGGGGCCACGGCGGUGCCUGAGGCACAUGAGCAACGGAGCCGGGUAGUGCUGACGGUCGCCUGGAUGGCUGCCACACUCGCCAUCGCCCUGUUUGUCCCGGACAUUGGCAAGGUCAUCGAGCUCAUUGGGGGCAUCAGUGCCUUCUUCAUCUUCAUCUUCCCAGGGCUGUGCCUGGUGUGCAUGACUGGGACCUGCACCCUUGGGCCACGCAAAAAACCCAUCGCCCCGGACACAGCUACACCGCUGGAUCCCAUUGUGGUUUUAUUUGACAUCACUGUCCCCGUUGUACAGCGGCUAAUAAAGACGGGACAGGGUAUCGGCGAGGGCCCU